AUGGACGUGGACGUGGACGUGGACGUGGAGGAGUUGGACGUGUACAUGAACGUGGACGUGGACAAGGACGUGGAAGUGGACGUGGACGUGGACGUGGAAAACUUGGACGUGGACAUGGACGUGAACGUGGACGUGGACAUGGACGUGGAGGACUUGGACGUGGACAUGGACGUGGACGUGGACGUGGACAUGGACGUGGACGUAGACGUGGACGUGGACGUGGACGUGGACAUGGACGUAGACAUGGACGUGUACGUUGACGUGGACAUGGACAUGGACGUGGACGUGGACGUGGAGGAGUUGGACGUGUACAUGGACGUGGACGUGGACAUGGACGUGGAAGUGGACGUGGACGUGGACGUGGAAAACUUGGACGUGGACAUGGACGUGAACGUGGACGUGGACAUGGACGUGGAGGACUUGGACGUGGACAUGGACGUGGACGUGGACGUAGACAUGGACGUGGGCGUGGACAUGGAGGUGGACGUGGACGUGGACGUGGACAUGGACGUGGACGUGGACGUGGACGUGGUCGUGGACAUGGACAUGAACAUGGACAUGGACGUGGACGUGGACGUGGACGUGGACGUGGUCGUGGACGUGGACGUGGACGUGGUCAUGGACGUGGACGUGGUUGUGGACGUGGACGUGGACGUGGACAUGGACGUGGACGUGGACGUGGACGUGGACGUGGACGUGGACAUGGUCGUGGACAUGGACGUGGACGUGGACGUGGACAUGGACGUGGACAUGGACGUGGACGUAGACCUAGACGUGGAAGUGGACGUGGACGUGGACGUGGACGUGGACAUGGACGUGGACGUGGACGUGGACGUGGACGUGGACGUGGACGUGGACAUGACGUGGACACGUGGAAGUGGACGUGGACGUGGACGUGGACGUGGACGUGGCGUGGACGUGGACGUGGACGUGGACGUGGACGUGGACGUGGACAUGGACGUGGACAUGGACGUGGACGUGGACGUGGACAUGGACGUGGACGUGGACGUGGACGUGGACGUGGAGGACGUAGACGUGGACGUGGAGGACGUGGACGUGGACGUGGACGUGGACGUGGACGUGGACGUGGACGUGGAGAACGUGGACGUGGACAUGGACGUGAACGUGGACGUGGACGUGGACGUGGACGUGGACGUGGACGUGGAGGACUUGGACGUGGACAUGGACGUGGACGUGGAGUGGACGUGGACACGUGGACCUGGACAUGGACGUGGACGUGGACCUGGACAUGGACGUGGACGUGGACGUGGACGUGGACAUGGACGUGGACGUGGACCUGGACGUGGACGUGGACGUGGACGUGGACGUGGACGUGGAGGUGGACAUGGACAUGGACGUGGACGUGGACAUGGACGUGGACGUGGACGUGAGCGUGGACGUGGAGGUGGACAUGGACGUGGACAUGGACGUGGACGUGGAGGUGGGCGUGGACGUGGAGGUGGACGUGGACGUGGAGGUGGACGUGGACGUGGAGGUGGACGUGGACGUGGACGUGGACAUAACGUGGACGUGGACAUGGACGUGGACGUGGACGUCGACGUGGACGUGGAGGUGGACAUGGACGUCGACAUGGACGUGGACGUGGAGGUGGACGUGGACGUGGAGGUGGACGUGGACGUGGAGGUGGACGUGGAGGUGGACGUGGAGGUGGACGUGGACGUGGACAUGGACGUGGAGGUGGACGUGGAGGUGGACGUGGAGGUGGACGUGGAGGUGGAGGUGGACGUGGACGUGGACGUGGACGUGGACGUGGACGUGGACGUGGACGUGGAGGUGGACGUGGAGGUGGACGUGGAGGUGGACGUGGAGGUGGAGGUGGAGGUGGACGUGGAGGUGGACGUGGAGGUGGAGGUGGAGGUGGACGUGGACGUGGAGGUGGACGUAGAGGUGGACGUGGAGGUGGAGGUGGACGUGGACGUGGACGUUGACGUGGACGUGGACGUGGACGUGGACGUGGAGGUGGACGUGGAGGUGGACGUGGAGGUGGACGUGGAGGUGGACGUGGAGGUGGACGUGGAGGUGGACGUGGAGGUGGACGUGGAGGUGGACGUGGACGUGGACGUGGACGUGGACGUGGAGGUGGACGUGGAGGUGGAGGUGGACGUGGACGUGGACGUGGACGUGGACGUGGACGUGGACGUGGACGUGGACGUGGACGUGGACGUGGACGUGGACGUGGAGGUGGACGUGGAGGUGGACGUGGAGGUGGACGUGGAGGUGGAGGUGGAGGUGGACGUGGAGGUGGACGUGGAGGUGGAGGUGGAGGUGGAGGUGGACGUGGAGGUGGACGUGGAGGUGGACGUGGAGGUGGAGGUGGACGUGGACGUGGACGUGGACGUUGACGUGGACGUGGACGUGGACGUGGACGUGGACGUGGAGGUGGACGUGGAGGUGGACGUGGAGGUGGACGUGGAGGUGGACGUGGAGGUGGACGUGGACGUGGACGUGGACGUGGACGUGGACGUGGAGGUGGACGUGGAGGUGGACGUGGACGUGGACGUGGACGUGGACGUGGACGUGGACGUGGACGUGGACGUGGAGGUGGACGUGGAGGUGGACGUGGACGUGGACGUGGAUGUGGGCGUGGACGUGGAGAUGGACGUGGACGAGGACGUGGCCGACGUGGACGUGGAGAACUUGGACGUGGACAUGGACGUGAACAUGGACGUGGACGUGGACGUGGAGGACUUGGACUUGGACAUGGACGUGGACGUGGAGGUGGACAUGGACGUGGACGUGGACGUGGACGUGGACGUGACGUGGACGUGGACGUGGACACGUGGAAGUGGACGUGGACGUGGACGUGGACGUGGACGUGGCGUGGACGUGGACGUGGACGUGGACGUGGACGUGGACGUGGACAUGGACGUGGACAUGGACGUGGACGUGGACGUGGACGUGGACGUGGACGUGGACGUGGAGGACGUGGACGUGGACGUGGAGGACGUGGACGUGGACGUGGACGUGGACGUGGACGUGGACGUGGAGAACGUGGACGUGGACCUGGACGUGGACGUGGACGUGGACGUGGACGUGGACGUGGACGUGGAGGACUUGGACGUGGACAUGGACGUGGACGUGGAGUGGACGUGGACACGUGGACCUGGACAUGGACGUGGACGUGGACCUGGACGUGGACGUGGACAUGGACGACUUGGACGUGGACAUGGACGUGGACGUGGAGUGGACGUGGACGUGGACACGGACGUGGACGUGGACGUGGACACGGACGUGGACACGGACGUGGACAUGGACGUAGACGUGGACCUGGACAUGGACGUGGACGUGGACCUGGACAUGGACGUGGACGUGGACGUGGACGUGGACGUGGACGAAGACGUGGACCUGGACGUGGACGUGGACGUGGACGUGGACGUGGAGGUGGACAUGGACAUGGACGUGGACGUGGACAUGGACGUGGACGUGGACGUGGACGUGGACGUGGAGGUGGACAUGGACGUGGACAUGGACGUGGACGUGGAGGUGGACGUGGACGUGGAGGUGGACGUGAACGUGGACGUGGACGUGGACGUGGACAUGGACGUCGACAUGGACGUGGACGUGGAGGUGGACGUGGACGUGGAGGUGGACGUGGACGUGGAGGUGGACGUGGAGGUGGACGUCGAGGUGGACGUGGACAUGGACGUGGAGGUGGACGUGGAGGUGGACGUGGAGGUGGACGUGGAGGUGGACGUGGAGGUGGAGGUGGACGUGGACGUGGACGUGGACGUGGACGUGGACGUAGACGUGGACGUGGAGGUGGACGUGGAGGUGGACGUGGAGGUGGACGUGGAGGUGGACGUGGAGGUGGAGGUGGAGGUGGACGUGGAGGUGGACGUGGAGGUGGAGGUGGAGGUGGAGGUGGACGUGGAGGUGGACGUGGAGGUGGACGUGGAGGUGGAGGUGGACGUGGACGUGGACGUGGACGUGGACGUGGACGUGGAGGUGGAGGUGGACGUGGACGUGGACGUGGAGGUGGAGGUGGACGUGGACGUGGACGUGGACGUGGACGUGGACGUGGACGUGGAGGUGGACGUGGAGGUGGACGUGGACGUGGACGUGGACGUGGACGUGGACGUGGACGGUGGACGUGGAGGUGGACGUGGACGUGGACGUGGACGUGGACGUGGAUGUGGACGUGGACGUGGAGUGGACGUGGACGUGGACGUGGACCUGGACAUGGACGUGGACGUGGACGUGGACGUGGACGUGGACGUGGACGUGGAUGUGGGCGUGGACGUAGAGAUGGACGUGGACGAGGACGUGGCCGUGGACCCCGACGUGGACGUGGAGAACUUGGACGUGGACAUGGACGUGAACAUGGACGUGGACGUGGACGUGGAGGACUUGGACUUGGACAUGGACGUGGACGUGGAGGUGGACAUGGACGUGGACGUGGACAUGGACGUGGACGUGGACAUGGACGUGGACGUGGACGUGGACGUGGACAUGGACAUGGACGUGGACGUGGACGUGGACGUGGACAUGGACAUAGACGUGGACGUGGACGUGGACGUGGACAUGGACGUGGACGUGGACAUCGUCGUGGACGUGGACGUGGACGUGGACGUGGACAUGGACAUGGACGUGGACGUGAACAAGACGUGGACGUGA